AUGGCUCCAGGAAACACAACAGAAGUUACAGAAUUUCUUCUUCUGGGACUUUCAGAAAAACCAGAACUGCAGCCUAUCAUAUUUGGGCUUUUCCUCUCCAUGUACCUGAUCACUGUGUUUGGAAACCUGCUCAUUAUCCUGGCUGUCAGCUCAAACUCAUACCUCCACACUCCCAUGUACUUCUUCCUCUCCAACCUGUCCUUUGUAGACAUCUGUUUCAUCUCCACCACCAUCCCAAAGAUGCUGAAGAACAUACAAACAGAGAACAAAGUAAUAACCUAUCAAGGCUGCAUCAUCCAGAUGUUUUUUUUCAUGUUGUUUGUAGGAUUGGACAACUUGCUCCUGUCUGUGAUGGCAUAUGACCGCUUUGUGGCGAUCUGCCACCCCCUGCACUACACAGUCAUCAUGAACCCCAAACUCUGUGGAAUUCUAGUUCUGGCUAGCUGGAUCAUAAGCGUCCUGAUUUCCUUGUUACACACCUUAACAGCCUUAAAUCUGUCCUUCUGUGGAGCGGUUAAAAUCCCUCACUAUUACUGUGAACUCAAGUUGUUUAUCCAACUUGCCUGUUCUGACAAAUUUCUUAAUGAUAUGGUUAUAUAUUUUGCAGCUGUCCUACUGGGUGGUGGUGCCUUUGCUGGGAUCCUUUACUCAUAUUCUAAGAUAACUUCUUCCAUAUGUAGAAUCUCAUCAGUUCAGGGGAAGUAUAAAGCAUUUUCCACCUGUGCAUCUCACCUCUCAGUUGUCUCCUUAUUUUAUUUUUCAGUCCUAGGAGUGUACCUUAGUUCUGCUGCUACUCACAGCUCACAUUCAAGUGCAAUCACCUCAGUGAUGUACACUGUGGUCACACCCAUGCUGAACCCUUUCAUCUACAGUCUGAGGAACAAAAAUAUAAAGAGGACUCUGAAAACUUUCUUUAGAAUUUCACCUAGAAAAGGGUCACUUGUCUUCAGCUGA